AUGGACGUGAUGAUGGGCGACGCAGCAGCAGGGGGAGAGGAGACAGCAACAGCCGAUUUCACGGAGGACUUCCGACCCGAUUCAACACUUCUGGAGAAGGGCAAGGCUGAUCCGAGCAAAGGGGCGCGGCAACCCAGCAAGAAAAAGAGGGGAACGCUACCACCAUUGGACUCCACGGAAUAUGACGUUUUCAAACGCUACUUUAACACCCUGCGAUCUGAGGAAGGUCAUAUAUACACAUUGCCGACUUCUGGAGCGCCUCUCAAGUGCGUUUGGUGUAAAUCUGAGGAGCAUGGAACAGAUAGAUGCCCCUGGGGAAGAUGUGGUCAGUGUGGCGACAUCGGACAUGGAUCGGAAAAGUGCGAAGAUAAGAAGGCCGAUGAGGAAGUGGAGGCUGCUGUGGAGGAGUCGGUAGCGAUUGUCCUGGGAAAGGGGACAAGUAACGUGUCGAAAGACGAGGCGGCUUUUGUGUUGGACUCGCUCAG